AUGAGUUUCCUUCGUGCUGCUACUAGAACCUCUGCUUUCUUGCGUCCUACUGUCAACUUGCAAUCACCAAGCGCUUCCUUGUUUGCUCGUUGGAUCUCCACCGAAAUGAAGGCUCGCUUAGAUAAGGACAUCAAGUCAAACGAUAUUGUAUUAUUCAUGAAGGGUACUCCUGACGCUCCCAUGUGUGGCUUCAGUCGUGCUACUGUUCAAAUCAUGCAAGUUCAAGGUGUUGAUUUUGACACCAAAGUCAAUGCUUUCAAUGUCUUGGAAGAUGCCGAAUUAAGAGAGUCUAUCAAGGAAUACUCUGAAUGGCCCACUAUUCCUCAAGUUUACGUCAAGGGCGAAUUUGUCGGUGGUUGCGAUAUUUUAUUGAACAUGCAUCAAUCUGGUGAUUUAGAGGAUUUAUUAGUAAAGAACGAAAUUAUCACUCUUGAGGACGAAGAGGGUAAGAAAUAA